UUCAUCGCGGCAACAAGCAGCGAGUAAACAGUCCCACUGAAUGUUCUGAUAAAUUGUCAGGAUGUCGCUAGACGCCGAGUUUCAGCCUUGAAUGUUUCAUGAUUUUUACCAUUUAGUGUGACUCGGGAGUUCACGUUAGAUACUAUACAGACGCAGAAAGUGUUGAAAAAAGCUUUAAGAAAAUUUAAACAGUACAAUGGCAGCUGAACGCUAUGGUACCUGUGCUACGUUAAGAUGAUAUGCUAAGCUAAGUGCUAGCAGCGGCUACAUUCAUUUCUUCUUCUGGGAUGAUAGAGCGCAGCGCGAGCUCCUUCGGACAUGGCUGCAGGAGCUUCCGGCGGCUCGUUCGAGUCCACUAUGGACCGGAGGUUCCGAUCUGUCACAAACACGAUGGAUUCAAUUCAAGGACUGUCAACGUGGUGCAUCGAGAACAAGAAGUACCACAGCCUGAUUGUACGACACUGGAUAAAGUGUGUGAAGAAAUCCGACCCCUCACAGAGGCUCAAUCUUAUUUACCUGGCUAACGAUGUCAUUCAGAAUUGUAAAAGGAAAAACGCCAUCGUUUAUCGCACCGCAUUUGCUGAGGUGCUUCGGGACGCCUUCUUGCUUGUCAACUAUGAAGGUGACCCUAAGGUAAUUAAAUCAGUGGAGAGGAUACUGUCCAUCUGGGAAGAGAGGGGAGUGUAUUCGGGGACACUCAUCACCGAGCUGAGGAGUAGUUUAGUCAAAGAAGAGUCUCCUCCUGAGACGCCCGUGGAGCAGAAAACUCCAGUUGAUUCAAAAGCAGAUCUACGGUCCAAAGUUGUUGCUGAGUUUGUGCCCCAGGCACUCCUAGACCAGCUGUCCAAGUACAAGAGAUCUGUGGAGGAUGUCGACCUAAGAGAGAAACAGCUGGCAGCUAUGAGGGUUGACAUCUGCAGUACUGAGGCCCUCAGAAAACUCAAAGACAAAGCCGGAGGAAAGAAGUUCUCCAAGGACUUUGAGGAGGGGAGUGCGCAACUGCAGGAGUUCGUAAAGUUCCUUGAGAACGAGAGUAAAACAGGUCCUCCUCUCUUAGAGGCUCUCAGCAACGCAGAUAUCUUCUACGAGAUGCAGUACAAGGAGGUCAAGAUUGUUGCUAAUGCCUACCAGACGUUUGCAAACCGGGUGUCCCAACUGAAGCGUAAGCUGGACGCCCUGAAGACCAACUUACCAGACCUAGACGAGUCACCAAUCCCUUCACCCUCUGCAGACGCCCCAUCUCCAACGGGCUCAGAGUCACCUUUUCAUGGCAUGGAAUUGGCUCAACCCGAUCCAGAUCUCGACGGCUCUGCUAUGGAUGACGAGGCGGAGCCACCAGCCCCGAGCCCCCUGUCCUCACCUGGAGGAUCCCCCAGGCAGAUGGAGACCCUCGGGGAGAGUGACAAACUGGAAGUGGAGGAUAUGGAGCUCUCUGAAGAAGAAAUGGAGAGCGGAGGGAUUAUAGUCGAAGAGCAAAUUGAGCACCCGACCCACCCAGAGGUGUCUCCUCCUGUCCCUGUGAAAACAGAGCCAUCAGUGGUAACAGAGCAGCCCUUCUCACAGGCCCCGCCUCCCGUAGCAGCUCCCACAUCGGCCUUGGAGAGUGUCGACCUGGGUAAAAUCGGCUCCAUCCUCAACAGUUUAAGCUCAGUCAUGAAGAGCUCAGGACCAUUAGUGGAAAGUCCUCCUGCAGCUGUGAAGAGCACACCUGCUGCCUUUGUGGCUCCCCAGGAGGCCAGUUCACUUGCAAACCUCCUCUCCAAGGUGGAUGUUAGCCCUGCUGAUAUCCUCGGUGCUCUCGCAAAAGUGCAGGGCAAAGGCGGCAUUGAGGGGAUCACUUCAGUUCUGAGCAGCCCGGCUGCAAAUGUCUCCUCAGACUCCUCCAGUACAGGCAAGAUUCUUCCCUCCCCCCCUCCCUCAUCCACAUCUACAUCAGCAGCAGCCACUCAGAGCCCGUCUCUCUACUCUGUUGCAUCCAUGCCUUCUUCACUCAGCUCCACCAUACAGCAGAGCACAAGCUCCCAAGCAACCCCUCAGGCUGCAAACCCGGCCUCUGCCCUGGUCCAGGCUCUCCACAGAGACAUGGACUUAAUCACAGAGCCAGAACUGUCCUCUUCUUCUCAGAGCUUAGAGUCUAAAAUCCACAGCUUCCUUCAGGGGAACUCUGCUUUCAGUACAUUUGAUCUGGGGCUUCCUUCACAGCCGGUGCAGGCAGGGGAUAACCUCAGCCCAGUACCUGGGCCAGACACCCAGGAAGGGACCCCGGUGCGUGACGAGGGCGGAGGCACCCCAACUCAAGAUGAAAUCAUGGACAAGCCUGCGACGGCCCCGUUCUCUUCCGGCACAACGCAAUCAUCAUCUGUCGGAGAAACUUUUGAAACAGCUUCUAUUGUGUACCAGAACAGCAGUCAGCAGAACCCCAACCCUUCACAACAGCAGGCUCACCUGCAGCCAGGUGUGGCUCAGAAUGGACAGGUCUACCAGCCAUACCAAUAUGGCAAACAGGAGUUGUCAGGGCACGGGAUUACUGCACCUAUUGCACAUUACCAGCAGAUUUCUGGAGGAUCAGUGCCUGGAGAAAGAGCCCCAGGCGGUGCCAGCAGCACACACACAGUCGACGGCUUUCAGGCGGUGAAUGAGAGGAGUUGGUACGGGGACAUUUACCCCAAGGGAAUCUCUCAACAACCUGGAGGCUACAAUCUAGCGAUGCCUGGAGAGAACCAGACAUCAUCACUCUAUCCCUACCAAGCAGGGGCAAAUCAGAAACCUCCAGAAGUCCAGCAGGGUUCAGCUACAUCCUCUGGUUUCUUCACAAGCCCCCUCCCUCCUGUCCCAAAGCUCCCUCCUAUUCUUCAUGGCCUUGACACCUCCAAUGCCGCGACAAACAGCUCAAUGAUUCCCAUUGAGCAGCAGCAGCGGAUGCCCCUCCCGGACACGGCAGAGAUGAUGCGACCCAGAGCAGACAGCGUCAUCAGUGGGAUGGUGGUCCACGACCAUCAACACAAAUCCCUGUUUCAUCCAGACGAUCCGCCAUAUGAUCGAGAUCAUCCUCGCCCUCCUCACCCUGACGACCUGCGCUACCACGAGGACCCUUGCUAUCAGGAAGCUCCUUUCUUUCAAGACGACCCUUACCACCACCCAGAAGAUCCAUAUUACAGGCCGGGCAGCCCUCCACGCCACUACCCAAGAGUCCAAGGCCGCCUCGAUCCCCCCCUCUCACCCUCAGAGGAUCCUUACUACGCCCACGAGUACCAACACCACAGCCCCCAACCCCCCCACUACACUCCGAGAAGACCACCUCCACCUCAUCAUCUCGAGAUCCGUCAUCCUGGUCAGCACCAUCCACAUCGGCCUCCCCACCCAGCACACCAUCCUCGCCCGAGAGGCCCGCCACGCCCGCCGUUCCCCGGAUUCCAACGUGGCCCCGAUCCGAGGUUAAGAGGCAAACGUCCAGGUCCGAGGGGAGGGGGUCCAGCUGGUCCAAUGUUCCUCCCAAAAAGACCCUUUCUGCCCCCGAGGUACUGACGGGACUCGUAGCUUUGAGCUUUUCAAGUCACUGUGGACAUCAGGACAGCAGGGAGAGGAACUCUGUGUCCAACUGAUGAGAGUGGAGAAACGGAGGUGGGCCUUGGCAGACAAUGAAAUCCAAGCUACCAGAAGAGAAAUGGAGAAGAACAAAAGGAUGUUCAGAAAGUUGAGGAGCACGAGAGACAACAUGCGGAGGUGUUAAAGAAACCGGAGGUUCUGAGAGAGCUGCUGAGCCGAAGAAAGAAGACAGAAGAUGAAAGAAAAUAAGAGGUGGAUAUAUAUAUAUAUAUAAUUCACUUUUUGUGUUAUUUGCUCUAGUGUGAAGCAUUGCAUUAAAUAUGUGAAUGAGAUACAGUUCGACACAGGUCAAAGUGCGUGUGUGCAUGCGGUCAAGUUUAAGUCAACAGGUUCGAGAAUUUGACUUUGAAGAUUAUUUUUGCUAAGAGUAACAAAAAGAAUGUAGUCGAUGCAACCUUCCUGCUGUUAUUUUAGUUUCUCCGUGAGCAGUUUUUACUGCUUUUCUUCCACAUCAGCAGUAUCUCAGUAACUCCUGCUAAAAACAUCGAUUUGCUUUCUCACUUUGAGUCGCAAGAACGGAGUGUAUGUCAUAGACUUUAUGUUCCGAGGUAGCAUAUUUUAUGGUAAUUAAUUUCACUGUUCCAACUUCCGAAUGUGAUACAUGUGAAGCGAUGCUCUCUUGUUAGUGCGCAGUGUUCCUCCGGCGAUAGUUUUCCGUCUCGUUAAAGUUCCUUGAAGCGGAGCGGCACAAUUCAAAAAGGAAGGGAGAGGUGUGAGAGUCAUUUUUUUCAGCCUCCCAACACCGCCGCAGAAGAAGUGCAUUUUUUUGGAGGGGAUGAAGAAACUCGUCUUCAGUUUCGUUUUACUUGUACUGUCUAAUAAAAUCUGAGUUUGAAAAUG